AUGCAGUUUAAAAAAGCCAACAGAACAGGCGAAAAAGAGAGAGCGGCAGCAAUCGACGUGACCUUGUGUUCCCGGGCCCUGAUGGACUUUCCAAGGGUGGGGGAAUGAUCGAACAGGGAGGAGAAAGAGAGUCGUGCGCUUUCGAAACCCGACCUUGCAACUUGGUCCCUUUUCUUCCCUCUUUCUCUGAGUGUCUGUAGUAUCUAGAUUCGUCUGACGUUUCUUCCUUUUUUUCAUCACCAGCUUUUGUAAACAAGAGCGGCCUCAGUACGAAGAAGAGCCCGAGACGCCAGGCGGCGUUUCCACCAUUUAGACGCCGCACCGUGCAAAAACGAUUUUCUUUUUUUGUUCACAGCCUCCAGCUCUUCUGCUGCUUCGAUUUCUCCCGUCCGUCUCCAUUUCUCUGGCGUCUCUCUGCGAGCGUGUUCUCCCAACUUCUUAUGUCAGAAUAUCUUUCGUCUUUGCGCGAUACGCCUUAAGUUUCCCCCGAUCCCCUACUGCUGCGAUUCCGGCUCCACGUCUAUCCUUUGCCAUCUCUGUCGCUCUCUUCGACCUCCGUUAUCGCUUUGACGUUGGGCGUCUACCGACUACUGCAAUGUCGCGUUUAUGUCCACUUCCUCAAUUUUUUUAUCAGCGAUUCAUCGGCCUCGGAAUUGUCGAUUUUUAGACCGAAUCCGAGCUGUAGAUUUCCCUGACAAAGCCAUUCAAAUGUCAGUUGGCACCAAAUCAACGGGGGUUGAUCUCCCUCAUCUUUUAGUAUUUUGUGGCCAAGACAGGCGGUCCAGAGGCGGGUUAGGGCAUUUGGUGGUCUAUGGCGUCAUCUGCCCGGCAUAUUUAGAGCUCAGGUCUGCAAAGAGUCAGGAUUGCCAUAUUGAAGUGAUAAUUUUGUGUAUUUGUUAGGUCAACAAUCCUAUUAGUUAAAUAAGAAAAUCCUGUUUUGGAAUUUGAAUACUUUGUUUCUCUACCUUAAAAUUUAUUAAAAAUUGUUUUACAUUUCGAAAACAGCCUUUAUCGUUUACUUAAAGCCGAAAACAUUUGACAAAAGCGUUUUAAAACCCCUUUAUCGAAAUUAAUUUGCAAAAUUUUAUACUCUGUUGCUUUUAAUUUUAAAGGAUUUCGUUUAAUCAAUACUGCAGAAUUUCUGUUUUCAUAGUUUCCUAUAAACUCGCAAGUAUUAUACGUUGUAUUCAUAUCAGACUUGCAUGGAAAGUUAAGUUUUGUCCUUCUACACAAGCUUACAUGUUACAACCGUGAUUACAUUUAUGAUGUUAUUUCUCCUCUGUUUUCGUAAAGAAAUUUAAUAAAAAGAAGUCUGUGUUGCCUUAAAUUUCUUUUGAAUAACGGGAAUCGUAUCAUACGUUUUCUAAUAAUUAGUUGCAGUGGGAAAUGCUGGCUUUUAAAGCCCCAUCUGCCCAAUAAAGACAGUGACAUAGAAGCCGGCCGCAGUUUAAAUGCGCAUGGAAUGGUCAGCAGUUUCUCCAACGCCCAGCCACCAGUCAAGUCCCAGGCCAGUCGAAAAGAGAGUCGCCACAUCGAGGUUGUUGGCAUCCCUUCUUCCUUGCCCAUAGAGAGCGUGGUCGCCUAUUUCUCCACGUCAGUCGCCACUUUCCGCCACUCUUUUACCCCUCUUUUUUCAGAUUCGGCAAGGUGCAAAAAGCCGAGCCAAAAGCGGAUGCGGAGGAAUUAAUUGUCAGUUUUAUGGAUGUGCGAUCGGCCCAGAAAGCCCAGAACAGCGAAUUGGAGAUUAAUGGGCAUCCUCUCAGUGUGAAAGUUCAUGAUGUUGGUGGGGUGCAGAAGUGAGUAACGACCAGGGAGUGGGAAUUCCGUCAAAAUCGGCUUUUAAAAGAGUUUUUUCUCGCUUAAAACACUCAAACGAUAACCCCUUUACAAACAUAGCUCUGUGUAAUCAUCGAAUUUUUUAAAGAUUUCGAAGAAGUUAACACAUAACUCAUUAGUUCUUUGAAGAUUUCAAGGGCCAAAGGGAAUGACGUGACACAUUACAGCAGUGUUAAAGGGCGGGUGCGCAGAGUAAACUUCGCGAUCUCUCAAAGAAAAAGAGAUUUUUCGAGAUGGACGCAACGACCGUCUUCCUCUUCACUUUGUUGUUUUGGGGUCGACGUCCAUUCAAUUCGACAUGUUUUCGUCACCUCACUUCCCUUUUCCCGAUCCCUUCCCCGACCUCACGCAUCCCCAGUUUUUCGGAUCGAAAUUAGGGGAGAUGGAAUAGGAUAUCCCCUCCUCCCUUCCCUCCAAUGCCACUUUAUCCCCCUCUUUCAAAAAAUCGGAAAGUACAUAUAAAAUUUUACUUUUUGAACCGACAAAAAUAAGGUCAUUGCAAUCGGAUUUUUUUGAAUUCUUAUAAACGUUUUGAUAAUAACUUUUCUAAAUAAAUAAUAGUCCAAAUAGGUAGAAUAUAACCUCUCUUUACGCUAAUAACUUUCUUUUCAGCCUGCACGCUGGCUCGACUGCGUCGACCUCGUCAAGUUCGGAAGCAGUUGAACUUCUUGAAAGUUCCCGGACUCCAAAUCUGCAAAACAUCACGGAAAAUUUUAGUCGACGAAAUUUGGCUUCUACUUCAUCCACCGUAGAGGAAAAAAAGUUUACAGGUCUCCAAGGGAUUCUAGUGCAAGCUCCCCAUCGUCUACCUGAGAGUACUUUCAAACAACAACUAAGUAAUCUUAUCAACUCCAGCAAAGUCAAAUGCAAAUUAAUCGACAUUUCCAUUGAUCCCACUGACCCUACCAAGGCACUAAUUCUUUUACAAAAGUACGCGCUUUUUAAAAUUUUCUUCAAAAUCUAUGAUCAAUUCCCAUAUUUGACUACAACCUUCAAUUUAGCGUCCCCUAUGUGGAUUCCCUGGUCUCAGAAAUCCGAAGGAGUACAUUGGCAGCAUUACCUCCAGAUCAAACCCUGAAUGCUCAACUAGCUAGCCAUGUCGCCGUGACCGAGGCCCAUAACAACUAUCUAACGGCCACCGCAGGAGCUUUAGCUGACCCAUUACCUCCACCUCCGGUCACCCCAUCCCUAAAGGGAACAAAUAAAGAGCAAAGCUACAAUGGUCCUGAUGCUAGACAGAGGGAGGCCUCCAGAACCCUCUACGUGGGCAGUCUUGAAAGGAAAAUAAAAGAGGAAACCCUGAGGUCAAGGUUCUCGAGGUUCGGACAGAUUGUGGAGGUGGACAUCAAGAACAAGGAGAGUCCUUCGCCUUUCGCUUUUAUCCAAUUUGCUAACAUAGACUCGGUUGUUAACGCCAUCGCCGCAUGUCAAAACAAUCGAGCCGGAAUGGUUGGACUAAAAGGGGAACGGCUUAAGUUCAAGGUAAAGAAAAAGGCGCUGACUAAUUCGAUUUCCAGGUGAAUUGGGGAAGACCCAUUCCAACGAGUAAACUCUGGGUGGGGGGACUUCCGCGAUCGUGUAACAACGAGUAUCUGUUCAGUAAGCUGAGGAGUGUAACUACACAGACAGACGGUGUAAAAGAGGUCAUCUACGACGCCAGUCACAACGAGGCGCUGGUCCUUUUCAAGAAUGUUGAGCAAUCACAACUCGUACACAACAAAAUAAAGAAUCGACAAUUGUAAGUCAAUUUCUGGUCCACGUCAUGUACAUCCCCGGAGCUCGAAAUGAGUCUGGGAGGGAACGGGAGGGAGGGUGUGGCCUUUAAGGCGAGGCCGCCCUGCCAAAGACGCCUCCUCUCGUUUCUCUGCUCCCUCUCAGUUGCGAUGAGUUUUAGGGCGCGCGAGAAAUGUCCUGGUGAGAAACGGCAGCCAUGUGGUUGGCAUGCAGACCCCUCUGCCAACAACCGGGCCCGCCGCCAUCUGUCCUUUUUCUACAACUUGCCUCGCCCCCCCCUCUCUCCUCGAACGUGGAUUUCUCUUUUCUUUGCUCUGCGCGCCUCUUUCCUGGGACCCCUAGCCUCAACGGCGUCCCAAAACUCCACCCAAUGUUAUCUUCCAUACCUGGGGUUUAUAGGAAUAUUACUGUCUCAACAUAAAUUACUUUUUGUUUUAAAUCCCUUUGGUUACGUCUUGCGACGUUUGUGGCCCGCGUUAAAUUGGAGUGGAGAAUCGCAAAGUUAAGCCAUUCCCAAGCUUCACAUUUACCGCACUCUUUUACUACUACAGUUUUGUACUCAAAAGGGUCUCUAAGCGUGCUGAGGGAGUCAUUAACAUGUCGUCUACAUGUUUUCCUUCCAUACGACCUAAUUUUCCGCGCGUUUUAUUAUUAUUACGUGUCCAAAAAAUCAGAAUUUACUGUUUUCUUCACAAAUAUUUUGGACGCGCGCGGUAUCUCUGCACUAUUACAAUAGGUCCCCAAGAAUAUGCCUUAUAGUUUCGGAAAAAAUAUCACUCUACCGAUUUCUCAAGCCGAGAGUGCUAACUAUUUGUUAUAUCGACAGGAAUCCUCCGUUUCUCCCUAGAAGAAGAGCAUUUCCGAUACAAAAAAAAUGUAAAAACCUAAUUUUUUUCAAUCUCUUAUUUAUGACGAAAUGCCAGAUCGAUUUUCCAUCAGUGGUAGCUUAUCGACUGUUUGGUGGCUAUUAAUUCGAAGUUUUGUUGAAAUUAAUCUGGUCUAGUCACAUGUUUGUUCAUGUCGGAUAAUUAAUGUUGUUUCUGAGGACGUCAUAUUAAGAAUGGCACAGGACGAGAGGUCUCUUUUUUGGGAGUAAUAGACACUAGACUAAUGUUUUUUCGGGAAAGUAUUAGUGGCCCUGGAUAUCUGUUGCAUAAAUGGGGGAUUUUGACUGUUCUCCCCCUUUUGGAUACUUUUUUGGCAUUAAAUUUAUUUUGUUCUUCUUUUGUAUUAAUAGUUUUUGUAUUUGGAAAGCCUCGAUAAGUUCGUGGGGACACUCAAUCCACAAACUUUUAAAACAUUCCUCACCUGCAUCUAAACCUUAAUUGCGUGCCAGCAAGGAUAUUGUUUUAUUUAUGACCAGAAAUGCGGGAUGAAGGAAGAAAUGCUUUCCGCGCUGAGACUAUGGUAUCAACACUCAUUUUUUCAGAAUUAUUCCACCUGAACGGCCUCAAAAAGAACAACAAUUCGGCGGUCAGCAACUUGUCGACUACGCCAGCGACAAACUACACGAUUUCUUUGUGGACAGAAAAUUCGGCCGAAUCCAUUUGGUCCCGCCGACAGUCUCGCCGGUCCCGUCGACUAGCAGCUCCGUGUUUCAGUGGCCUUCUUCCACCGACAAUCCCCUUCGGACAAACACCUCAUCAACGGCUGACCUAUCCAUUUCUCGCACCCAGCCACCAGUGGGACCAGAGUCAUCGGCUUCACAUGCCCUUGACACCAACGCGGCGGCCCAAUUUGGAGCCGCUCCUGAGUCGCCGGACCAGAAUUUGCUAGAACCGAACCGCUCUGACGAGGUUCUUCUGGUCCCGCCCCCUGACCCACCGAAAGAUCUCAUUACCGCCGAUCUCAACCAAAUGCCCUCUGAGUAAGUCCAGCAACAUGAAACAUCCUCUAUCCUCUUCCUCCGUAUCUAUAGAAACGGGUCCAUGACUAUAAGUCUUGAACCUGUACGUUUGUCUGUUUAGUUCGAAUAUUUAAUUAAAAUACAAAUUGUUUAGGCUUUCUUCACGGCAUCGGAGUGAGUCCUCUGGAAACCGUCACGAUGGCCGGGAUAUAAUGACAAGGAAACGGAUUAAGAGGAAAGUCAACCGACUUGAAUCGACUUCCUCGGCAGGAUCAGCAUCGUUCGAUGAAAGAUCAAGUUCGUCAGCUUCGUCUCGGCAGUCCAGCCCUGAGCGAGAAUUGGGCUCAAAGUCUCCUUUUAAGGAUGGGCACAGCGAACCUUCGACCUCGUCUGUCGGUUCACUCAACGAUCAGAAGCCCGGCACUCCGCCUGAUCCAUCUCAAACCCCCACAUUCUCGAGAGGAAAACGGAGUGACGAAGGACUGUGUAAGUUGCCUCCUGUUUUCUUGAAAAAAUAUAUUAUUUUACCAAAUCCUCUUAAAUGGCUUGUUUUUAGCAUCGCCAUCUGCUAUCAGAGAUCUGGAUUCUCCUGAUGGGUUUAACCGAGCCAGGCCGAGUUCGAACGACUCUUCGGGCACACCAACCACACCCAACACUCCAAAACAGGGUACCAAAACGGGGAGCGGAGGCCAAGACCUUAAGAGCGCUGGAAAAGGACCCCCUAAAGGCAAACAAUUGGUUCUGACUUGGGAAAACAUCUCUUCACAACCACCAGACCCACGGCGGAAUUGUGUUCAUUACACGACAAACGAUGAACGCGACCUCUUCUUCCCUACAUUUUACACGGAAGACGAGUCCGGCUAUAGAUACUGUCGAUACCUUCACGGAAUAAACCGCCGGCCAUCACAACCAUUGCCGGUAACUCCACAGUAUAGCAAAGAUGGAAAGAGUUCUUCUCCAAUCUCUCAUGCCGGAAUUACGCGAACCAUAUCCAGUGGAUCUUCCGAUAAUUUCUUGACCCAACCAUCAGAUCCUUGUCAUGACCGGCCUCCAUCGACGUCGUCUUCGAUUGAAGAUCCUCUCACAAUUCCACCAAUGCCCCCACCGCCUUCCACCAACACCGAGACUGUUGAACCCAGCAAUUUCUCGUCAGCAUUGGAAAGGAUAAGUGCUCUUACGUCAAAGGUGGAUUCUAUCCUUUCCACCUCGAUGAAUCCAGCACUUCCAUCGAGGCUUAGUGGGUCGAUAGAAGACGAUCUUCUCCGAUUUCGUCAAAAGAAGGCCCAUUCUAUGUCGGGAAUAACAACACCCAGCUCAACUCCAUCGACGCCACAGGCAACGGACCUCAAAGAUUCGAAACAACAGCCGAAACUGACCAUAAACAUUCCUGCGACAAGUUCAUCGACAUCGUCCUUGGUUUCAUCUCCGGCGCUACCGCCUUUCCCCGCAUUGAUGGGCCAUAGUCUUCAAAGCCCGGUUGGAUCGUUAAAUGGAUCCAUUCCGAGGUCAAUGUCAUUUAGUAUGGAUAUCCCGGGUGCUUCUAUCAUUCAGCCGAGAUCCAUGUCUUUGAGUUGUGCUCAAUCUUCCCCCUCACUUCCGCUUCCUCCACCACCGCCGUUGUUAGCGUCGCCUAAGCAUUCAACGUACAGUCCAAACGAACCGGUAAGGAUUAGAUCUCAUUGAAUUUAUUACGUUUUUUUACAGCAUAACUUUUCCUUACAAAAACGGGCUUCGCCACCCCCACCAAGUCCAAUUACCCCGAAAACAAGCCGAUCCGAGCUCUCGGCAACUCUACCUUCAUCUACACCACCGUCUAGUUCAGCACCAAAGCAGAAGACCCAGGUUAAUGGAUUAAAAGAUGACCCUAUUCCGACCGGAACCUCAAAAAAUACCUUUGAUUUAAGGUCUAAACCUGAUCUAGAUGACUCUGAAGAUAAAAAACCAAAGGACAAAAGCAAGAUGCUCCAGUUCAUGCAGAUUCCACGAAAAAAAGAAGGCCAGAAAGAUUCCAUUACUUUCCUUUCGCCUCUUAAUCGAGCUCACGCGACAAGUACGGUCCAAAUGGCUCCUACUCAAGCAAUGGCCGGCAGCAGCAAAGCAAAGGUUCCCGAGAAGAUGCCGGGUAAACAUCAACCUCCUCAGGUGAAAGCGGACAAGAAGCCGGAAAAGAGAGACAAGGAGAAAGACAAGAAAGAGAAGCAUCGCUUAUCCGUUGGCAGCUUGAAGGAGGUAGCCACCAAGACCAUGAGCAGUAAAGAAAGGCAAGCAGCAUACGCAAGUGAAAUCGAGAGGAUAAAGGAAAAGAGCUUGAAGAAAUUCCCGGAGUCCAAGAAAGAUCGAGAGCUGUAUAUGAAGACCCGAGAAGCCAAACUUAAGGCUAAAUUUGAACAAUUAAAAGCAGAACACGAAAAGGCAAAGAAAGAAAAACAACGAAAAUUGGUAAGAUUAUAGUCAUCUCUUAGAAUGGACUUUUCGAAAUUAGGGUUGCUAAUUUUACGCAUUUUUUCCUUCUGACUGCCAAAUUAAUGUCAUUUUGGCUAAAUUGAAAUUCUUUUUACUGCUGAUUUCAACGAUCGUUUUGAGAAGAAGGGGAAAUUUGGUACCUAAGAAUUUCAAAUUAAUACGAUUUUUUAGAACGAAUCUAAAAAAAACCCAAGAAACGUUGAAUUUAUUUUUAGGAAGAAAAGCAGAAGGAGACGUUAAAACAAAAGAAGGUGAAGGAGCAGAAGGAAAAGAACAAACCGCCUAAGAAUGUCGAAAAGAAGAAAUCGAGACAGCGGACGCCAUCGGAUGAGUCUUCGGAAGAUGAUGAUUCUGAGGACAACAACGACCCUUGUCGCGCCGAUUUCCUUUUGGUACGUUCAUCGAUUGUUUAUGUAUCUGCUUUUAGAAGAGUAGCGAGAUUGAAGCCCAGAAAAUUCUCUACGAAGCUGCUAAGAAUGGAUCUCUCAAUCUCUCAAUGUACGAAAGGAUAAAGCGGAAGAGAACGGCACCAAGGCAGGACGAAAAUAAAAAGUCGUUGGCUUUGGCAAAACUAAAAGAAAAGAGUGAAGCAAAGGUAAGCUUGCACACGGUAUAUUGACCUCUCGGUUUAGAAGAAACGGCGCGUUCAUCUGUCCUCAUGUUCUGAUGAUUCUGAUACCAAUGAUUUCGCAAAGAAAUCACAGAUCGGAUCCAGCGAUGAGUCUGACGCAGGUACAACAAUCACCAAUCUUUCGGCCAGUUCCGCGGCAAAGCGAGGGAGGAGCAUGAGCACGGCUUCGAAGAAGGCUUCAACCUCAUCCGAGGCUAAGAAAGAAGUAAAGAGGAAGCAUGAUGAUAAGGAAAAGGAGAAGAAGGUGAAGAAGAUUAAACAGGAACCAAUUUCUGAUGCCGAGGGAGAAUCCACGAAACCUUCCAAAGAGAAGGAAAAGAAGGCCAAAUCUGAGCCAAAAUCACCAGUUCCAGAGAUGGUUUCCGAGGAAUCGGAGGGAGAAGCAGCUGUAAAAGCUCUGCACAAUGAAUUCGAUGCUUAUAACCGGGAUUCUGAUUCGGACGACAGCAAGCCUAAGGAUAAGAAAAAGAAGAAAUUGUCGAAGAAAUCGUUUAUGACAAACUUCGAUGACGGAGAUAUUUUUGCUGCCAAUUCUGACGAUGAGGGCGCUGAAAAGAAAAACAAGAAAAAGAAGAACUCAAAGCAACAGAAAAUAGAGAAGCCGAACCAAGUCAUUUAUACUGGAAAACCAGGACGACCUAAAAAGGUUAAGGAAUCCGACGAUCCACAUGGUGAAGGAAAAAAGAAAAAGAAGGAAGAAAAGGAAAAAGACAAGAUCAAGAAGGAGAAAUUAGCUAAAAGGUCAUUGGACGAAAGUUCUUCCAGUGAACCUGCCAAGAAGAAGCAUAAGAAUGAAACAGAGAAGGACAAGAAGAAACGACGCGUAUCUGAUACUGAUUGUAGGUUGAGAAUUUUUGCCUUUCGGUUCACAACUUUUCAAAAUAGUUUGCGGAAGCCCCAAUUUACGACAUUUUUAUAAAAUAUUUUUUAGCCGUGCUCUCAACGCCAAAAUUGAUUCCUUCUGAAAAAUCUGAAGAAAAGCCAUCCUUGAAAUCGCCACUUAGCCUGAACUUAUCUAUGGCCCCAUCGUCUUCUUCCAUCGAGAUUUCACCUACUCCGUUCACAGCGAUCUCUCCUACACCAUCUACUGGCAGUGACAAUGUGCGUUUGGAGAACUUUGUAACGCCCAGCCGACAAUCGGAGACUUCUAUGUUCUCGCCUUCUCUUCAGUCCGCCAACCUUCAGACUGUAAGUUCCCAAUGAUUAGUGGAGAUUGUAGAUUUUGUUGCUUUGUUAGUUAAGACAAGUUGUUUUGUCCGUUGAUUGCCAUCUUGGACUUUGAGGUUGAUAUUGUCAGUGGUUUUACUGCCAGUUGUAUGUUGUGCAUUACCUUUAGAUGCCUCUUGAACUCGCGAAGCCGCCAUUUGAGUCAACGCCAGCCGAAGAUAAGACGAAGAAGCUGUUGGAUGUUCCUAAAUGGAAUGAAAACAGGAAACGAUCUUCAUCAACUAGUUCAUUUACCUCCAGCUCGACCUCUGGAACGUCGACAACUUCCUCUUCUAUGUCACAGAAAUGUAAACCCAAGAUCCGGACUCCGUCGCCUAAGAGAGAUGUCGUUGAGAAUAUUCAAACAACGGCCCGUCCUACUGAAUCUUCCGAUACUUCCAAAAAGGCCGAGGAAACGAAUGAUCUGAAAGAGGAAACUAUUCCAUCAGAACAGAGAAUAUUGGAUACAGAACAUGAUGGGGAAGAUUCUGUUCAAUCAACGCAUGUGUUUGGAGAGGAGAAGAGCGGUCCUCGGCCUCAGGCCAUCUCACUUUCCCCAUCACGGCUCCUUGAAGAGAUCAAUUUUGAGGAAUCCUCUCCUUUGGGUACUGAAAGAAGCAAUCUGGACGACGAUGAUGAUGAAAUGGAAGAGGAGUUGCUUCGUCAACUAUCAGCCAAGCCAAAGGCGGAUCCUGAGAAGUCGGAACCUGUCAUUGAUUACAGUAGUCAAGACACUCAGGUACUUGUUACGCACAUUAUGUAGUUGAAUUUGAUUGCACGUUUUUAAGUGUCGUAGUGUAACGUUAACCGGGGUUUGCUUAUUUGUCCUCUAUUGAGCUAAUCAUUUAAUUUACAGGAGACUGAAGAUGCCAUUGAAUCCAUCUCAGCAUUUAUGGAGAACAAGUCUGAGGACGAGGAUGAUGAAACAAGUUAUUCUCUUUCUCGCAGAGUUAGUGAAUUCGAGUACAAUGUUUCGAAUGAUCGGACGCGCAACUCGACGUCGGGCGAUCUCUCUGCCGAAGAAUUCCAUACGCCAGAUGGUGGUGAAAUUGAAAAAGAACCGACUAUUCCUCAUCCUGUCGAAGCUAAAGAUUCGGACGUGAAGGUUCAAGUUGAAUCGUUUAAUACGAAUACGGAUCAACCAGAAUCAACAGAGGAAUCCACGGUUCCUGACGAUAAAUUAGCUUCUGUGAUCUCCAGCGUCGCCAGGGGUGAAAACUCCGCUUCCGAAGUGCCGAGCCAUCAAAAGAAUACUCCUUUGGUUUCUCAAGCUCCAGGUUUAUUUUCGAACAUUUCACACCUUCCAACUCCGCCUCCUUCGCGAUCUUCUGGUAGCUCUCCUCAAUGUUCGGGCCAAUUUCAAUAUCCUGGAGCCCAGAUCUCUCCUCAGAGUCAGUCGGGGAAGAAAUUGGAAUCUUGCGGUCAUCCCAAAUCAACGAUUGCUUCGGAGCCUGGCGAUCAAAAGGAGAAGAACGAGGCAAUCCAGGGUCCCGUUUCCUCGGUUAUUCAAGAGACGAACACUCAGAAGAAUCCUCAGACCUCAACGAUUGCGACAUCGUCCAUUUCCGAUACACAUCCAGAGAUAGUGGUGCCUCCAACUUCUGCUUAUCCCGAUUUCCAAUUGCCAAUCCAGAAAGAUACAAACAUCUCGCAGCAAAUGUUGGAGAGGCUUUACAAGCAGACAAAAACUUCUGUUUCAUCUUCUCCCGUUCAGAUGCCAAAACAGGCCCACUGGGUAUCGACACCGUCCAGAAGCGAAGGUGUGGUAACUUCUCCAUCAGUUGCGGCCACUACUUCAAGUAUGGCCUCAGGGUUUGCCCAAACAAUGGCCCAAAGUUUUGGUCAGAAUUUGCCACAAGGCUUCCAACAAACAGUCAACAAGAAUCAACCAGUUGGACAGAACUUGAACAGGGUGCCAAUAACUCAGGCGCAACCAACCCCAGUCAUUCCAGCGGAACACAUUUUAGCUGCUCUUCAAGUGACUGGAAUUGGCUUGCAUGCUCUAACACCGCAGCACUUAACCAAUCCCAGUCUUCUUAUUUCGACUCUUGCUAGGAGCAAUCCUGCAAUGGCGGAAACUGUCCAGAAAAUGUUGAUGCCGACUCUUCCCACCGAACUGGCGCGUCUACAACAACAACAGCAGAUGCUUCAGAACCAACCCAAGCAGCAAUUCCUUCCAUUCUCUAACCCGUCGUUGAUGUCGAUAAUGCAACAAGAACAGCAACGUCAACAAGUUGCCCAGCUACAACAGCAACAACUGGGAGGACUUACGCAAGACCAAUAUCUCGAACAAAUGAAGUUGUUGCAAGGGCAAAGAACCAUCAAAUCUGAGCCAGUGGUUGGUCAGAGAUUAACACCUCAACCGCAGAUUCAAGUUAAAACUGAGAAAGAAAAUGGUGUUGGCUUCAAUCGGGCAAGGUAUCCCUUGUGUUGGCAAGGGACGCUGGCUAUGAAGAGUAACGACGCCACCGUCCAGAUGUUCUUGGUCUCAGGCUCUCAAUAUUUGAUGGAGAAGACAACUCUUGAGUUGACCGAACAAGAAGAUGGAGUUCAGACGAUACGAAUCAAUCAGCGGAUGCGACUAACUAACCCCCAGUUGCUUAGUGAGUAUUGCUAAUAAUGAUGACAUUGUUUUAGAUAUUUGUAAUCGGAUGAACAACGAGAACGAGUUUGUUGCCUUGGUUUGUAUACCUUGUGGACAAAACACUGAACAACUUCAUCAACAAAGCUCUAAGAUGUCGACGUCUUUCAUUCAUUACUUCAAUACCAAGAUGACGGCUGGAGUGGUGACUCAUUCUACAGUAAGUUUUGAUUGGAUUUGUAGAAAAUACUGUACAUUUCUUAACAUAAAUUAAUUUCAGGCAUCCCAGCCUCCGUCUUGUAUUGCCCAUUUUUUCCCACCUUGUGAUUGGACAGAAGAUCAGUUAAACAGACUUGCACCAGAAUUUGGGGCCGAAUUGAAAAGAUUGGUCCAGACUUAUCUCUUUGUGGUUGUCACUAGAAAUGACCUCAACGUCAUCAAAACCGAGAUGGAUCAAAAACCGGUUCAGAUGCCUGUAAUGCCUCAGGUUCUCAAUUGCGGCAAGACCGUCUAA